CUUCCUCAUGUGGGCCUCCUUGCCAUAUGCUUUCUAGCCUGAUCUGAUCACUUCACUGCUCUUUCUCUCUCUCUCUCUCUGAUGAUUCAUUGUUUGAUCUGAUCCAACUACCCUUUAAUUGCUUUUUAACUAUUUUCUAACUGCUUGGUGGUGAUGUCCCUUCUUCCUUUUCCUAAUCAAUUUUCAAGCCACAUUCUCUAGACAAAAUCUUUCACUUUUGAACCUUUUUCUGUUCAAUUGACACGGUGAUGAUAUUGAAACAAAGCAAAUCAUCUUUGGAACUAUAAUAGUGAACAUAUGGGUAGUGAUCCCUUUGGUUUUCCUUUGCUUUGGAUGUUUAUGCCCCUUUUUGUUUUGGAUGAUUGGUUUAUCAUUCUAGCCUUUUCAAAACUACCAAAAGAAGACAAGAUAAAGUUAAUUAUGGAACACUUAAAGGAGAACAGAACCUAAUUACUAACAAACACCGGCACAUGCUUUGCAUACCUCUCUUCUGCCCUUGUUCCAUUUCUUUACUCAUCUUUUUGUCUUUAUUGUGAAUUCCUUAUUCUUGGUCCUUUCAGCUUGAUCCAGUCUUGUGCAUAGAGAAGCUCCACAGCAACUCUCAGAAUUAAUGGGUGAAUCAGUAGAGGCUUCCUAUAAUGAAGAUAAGAUGAGGAAGGCGGCUCCCUCAAAUCCUGCUCUUGAAGUGUCAGUCUCGUUUGGUAGAUUUGAGAAUGAUUCACUUUCUUGGGAGAAAUUUUCAACUUUCUCGCCAAAUAAGUACUUGGAAGAAGUAGAGAAGUGUGCAGCCCCUGGAUCAGUAGCCAAGAAAAGGGCUUACUUUGAAGAGCAUUACAAGAAGAUUGCCGCCAGAAAGGCAGAGUUACUGAGUCAGGAGACGCUGAUGGAAAGCAAGCCCUUCAAACCAGACGAUCCAGAUCAGGAUGGUGGAGAUCUGAUUGGUGAAUCUAAUGGUCAGUGCUCUGUUGAAGAAGCUAGACAAGAAAGCAACUUGACUAGUGAGGUGAAUGACAUCCGUGAUUAUGAGAGAAAUGAGGAAGCUGGAACAACAAUAGAAUGUCAAAGCUUAUCUGCUGAGGCAGUGAUAGAGGAAAAGAAUCUUGGACCGGAAAGUCCAGAGCCAUAUGAACCAGAAGAAGCUGCUUGGGUAAAAGAAGAGGAAGCACCUUGUAUAUCAUCUCAAGACAAAAAGGAGUUGCCUCAGAAUUUGGAGAAAGAGAAAGAUGACACCCGAAAGAACAAAGAGAAAAAUGUAGAGUUGGAUCAUCAGUCAAAAUCUCAGAAGAUCACUCCUUCAGUGAAAAAGGAGAAAAAGACGGGAGAGGUGAAGAAGAAACCUGCAUCCCCUGGGAAUAAAACACCACUGUUUCACACCCCUCGAACAUCAAAGCCAACAUCAACUCCUAGUAGUGUGCCUUCAUCACGAACUUCAACAAAAGGAGGAACUGUUUCAUCAUUUACGAGGACUAAGAAUCCUCAUGUGGGAGGGAGCAAGAAUGUGGCUCCUAAAUCCUUGCACAUGUCUCUUCAUUUGGAACCAUCAAGUUCUAACCCAGCUCCUCUUGCCACAAGUAGAAAAUCUCUCAUCAUGGAAAGAAUGGGGGAUAAGGAUAUUGUCAAACGAGCAUUUAAGACAUUUCUGAGUAAUUACAGCCAACUCAAAUCCCCGAGUCAAGAAAAAUCUGCAACACAAAAACAGGUACCUGCAAAGGGGACAGAACCUAAAGUUUCCCCCUCGAUGAUUCUACGAAAAGAGAAUAGAGGGUCUGUUAGAGCAAGUGAAAUGGAGAAAAAGAAUGCCAAGGCUGCCCCAUCCACCUUUGGCUUGAAAAGUGAUGAAAGGGCAGAGAAAAGGAAAGAGUUCUUAAAGAAGUUGGAAGAAAAAUCCAAUGCUAGAGAGGCAGAGAGAACACGCCUUCAGACCAAAUCCAAGGAGGACAGAGAAGCAGAGAUCAAAAAAUUGAGACAGAGUCUUAAUUUCAAAGCCACACCACUGCCAGGUUUUUAUCUUGGACAAAGUCUAUCAAAGAGCCAUAUAGAUAAGGAUACCAAGAAUCACAAGCAUCAGUGACCUGAAGCCCCACUGAAUUGUGUGGUUCUCCUACCAAUAUUCAGGAAAAGAGAUGAAAGACGUAUGCCACAGACAAAAUGUUUCAAGUGGCAUGCAAACAGUACACCCACUUCAGAGGCCAUAUUAGAUCAGGGGACUUGAAACGUACAUAUGAAAGCGUUGCCUUUCAACGAGGACCUUGAUAUCAUAUUAUUUCUAGGACAUCAGCAACCAGUCAUUGUUGAGUUUCAUGCCGUAUGCUUGAAUUGCUGCAAAAUACUUGAGUAUCUAUCUUUUAGUUGGGUAAUGUACAUUAAAUAUGUUGUAGGAAAUGUAGAAUAGAAUGGAGCUCCGAUACAUUUCCUCUAUGAACAUUAAAAGCCGCCGCCUCUCCUUACCACGUAUAAGAGGGAGAAGGAAAAUUGUGUAGGAAUCUGUUCGAUCGUAUAUACUUUCAAAUGUCAGUAAAGAUGCGUCGUCUGCUGUAAUUGUAUCGUUACAUUUAUGAUUCCAAUACAGUUGAUAGUUCCCA